AUGGACCCUGUCACGGCAAUAGGGGUAGCCUCCGGCAUUCUGACUUUCGUCACUUUCAGCGGAAGCCUCAUCAAAGGCUGGAAACAAAUCCAUGAAUUGAUCCCGCCGGAUAAUGAUACCAAAUCACUCUCAAGUGACGCGAAAAACCUGUGCGAGCUUUCCAAAGAUUGCCAGAAGGUUUCAAACCGGCUUCUCGAACUGCUGGGAAAGAUGAAAUCAUCUGACUCCAAGCGCGGCGUCCGUGCGAAAUGGCAAACCUUAAGCGCGACGUGGAACAGUGUCAUCCACGACAAGGACAAGCAGCAAUUAGAAGAAGAGCUUGCGAGGUGCCAUCAGCGCCUUACAGCCGUCCUGGCAUUUCUCACGAGGACAAAGCUUGAACAGCUGGAAAGACUAGUGAGAGACAACGGCGAGAGAUUUACACAGCUCCAGACGAAUGUCAGAGAGCUCAAUAUUGAGCUUCGGAAACGCGCAAUGGAUGAGGAAACCCGGGACCGUAUCGAACGUCUUGUCAGCAGCUUGAGGUACAGUGACAUGCAGAAAAGGAGCGAUAAUAUCCGUCAGAGACUGGAGGAGAUCAAUGAAGAGCAGGAUGAAACGGGUGUAACAUUCCGGUGGAUACUCGACCAAGGCGAAGAAACGGCAAAUAAUUUCGAUGACGAUGACGAGAUGGAUAGUGAUGAUGGAAAGGCUGAAGAGAGUGAAAAGUGGAUAAGGGACAGGGCACGAGAACGCUUUACAAAGUGGCUGUCAACAGAUGGAGAAAACGUUUUUCACAUAUUGGGGAGGUUCGGCUCCGGCAAGUCAACUUUGAUGCAGUUCCUGAGCGAUAGUCCACGCACGGAGGAAAUUUUGCAAGUGUGGGCAGGAGAUAGACGUCUUGUAAGGGCAAAUUUUUUCUUCUCUACGUUGAUCGGAGGGCUUCAACAGGUGCUUGCUGGUCUCCGCCGCACCUUAUUAUACGAGAUCCUCAAGCAAUGCCCCGAAAUGACACCCGAGGUAUUGAGUAAGGCCUGGGAAGAAGCAAUCAGCUUGCCCUGGCAGCUGGGUACCACGGUUGAGAUUCGCAGCAAAGAUAUAUCUGCAGCACUCCGCCAGGUCAUCCGCCGCUCGCAUUCCUCAAAAACAUGUUUCUGCUUCUUCAUCGAUGGGCUCGAUGAGUUUUACGAUGAAGACGGUCUCGAUAAGCAGGACCUGGUUGACCUUCUAAACAAGUGGAUCACGGAUUCGAAGGGAAACCUCAAGCUCUGUGUUGCCAGUAGGGAGGAGCCCGAAUUCAAGUUUUCUCCAGAGACCACACUUAGGCUUCACGAUCUCACGCAUUAUGACAUGAGGCGCUUUGUUCAGCAAAGGCUACACGGCAAAGUUAGUUCGCACAUGGAGAACCGACUAGCAAAGAUCAUACCGGAAAAAGCCCAGGGAGUCUUUUUGUGGGUGGCUCUCGUCACCCGCGGUGUCCGCGAGGAGACGAAAAUUGGCGGCUCACCUGAAGAUAUUCUUGAACAAUUCCCACCAGGUCUAAGACCCCUUCUGGAUCGCACCAUUGAAUCUAUCCCUGAGCAGCACAGGUUGAAAGCGUACCUCAGUUUCGACAUGCUACUCCUGUUGCAGAACAGUCUCGCUAUGCGGAGUCUGCCAAUCCUCGCCUACUCGUUUCUCGAGGACUACUGCAGAAAUCCGGAGUUCUCAAAACAAGAUGCCGGCUCAUGGGAGCAGGAUGAUGAUGGUGCUGUAGAGAAAAGGAUUGGAUCGGCACGAACCCAGCUCUAUGGAUGGUGCAAAGGCCUGCUCGAGCCACAAACCGACGAGUACGGGAAGGAAUAUAUCACUUUCACCCACCGAUCGAUCCGGGAAUACCUUGAAACAGCUGUUACUAAGCAGCAGCGUUCUCGUACGCUUGGGCAUCAUGCUGCUGGCAACGCACUCAUCCAGUUGCUGAUCGCCGAGGUCCGAUCCAGGAUCUCACGAAAUAGAUGGGGAUACAGUUACAACAAAGCAUUGACGCGUCUAGGACUGGAGCAACUCUUCGACAGUAGACCAUUCGAGUUUUUGGAGGCUUUACAUUUUGUUAUCGAAAAGGCCGCUUCCAAAUAUGGGCCCGAACGUCGCAGCAUUCACUACAAGCCGAGCCUUUGGACACCUCUUGAUUACAUGUUUGAGGAAAACGACUAUUCUUACCCAACUUGGAGGCUGGAAUGUGAUCCAACUGCCACUGAGACCAUCUCAGAAUUCGAGAUGCUCCUAUUUCGGUACUUUCGGAACAGUCGCUUCAGAUUAUUGGGGGCUUCAGAUUCAGCCUUCCUCGAUCUGCUGCUAAAGAAAGGUCGAAGCCAUUUGAAGACGAAGAUACCGUUAUUUCUAGACUUUACUACUCAGUACAAGGUCAGGAAGACGGAACACAUCGACUUGAGCAUAUGGCAGCACUAUUUGCUUGCGGAAACCGACUCGAGAGUUGCCGAACCUGCGGGUUCUGUCGAGUAUUUUGAUCGUUCAAAACUCGACCAAAACUUCGCUCUGAUAUCUGAGAGCUUUCUCAAAGCUGGUGCCGAUCCUCAUAUCUCAGUCAAUGUCACAAAGUGCGAAGAGUCCGGAAGGAAAACGUCUGAGGGGGUGAAUGGCGAAAUAAACUUUGAAAUUGGCAGAGAUAAAACGACAGUCACAGUUCAGUUCCGCAGUCCGCGGGGGUGGGGGCGAAUUCGCAAGAAUUGGUCGCUAGAGGACAUCAUCAAGAGCCUCAAGACACCGAACAAAGAUGUCAUCUUAGAGCUAAUUGACAAGAAUACCCGUAUGCUAGAAGAUGCGGAAGGGGUCUCAGACUCUGAGAAAGAGCUCCAGGAUUCCGGACACAUCCUCGAACUCUUGGAUGAAUCGAAUGCAGGCGAGGUCCGGUCGACAUGGGUUCCGUUAAUAUCCAUUUCACCAGAACACGUGUUCGGAUUUGCAUUGGGUGAGUCGGGGAGUUUGGAGUAUUAA